AUGGAAGCUCGGGAAACGUGGGUUGGAAAACUUGAUUUCAUUCUUGCCUUGAUAGGUUUUUCAGUUGGUCUUGGUAAUAUAUGGCGUUUCCCAUAUUUGUGCUACAAGAACGGUGGCGGUAAGUAAGCACCCUGUGUUCCAUGUAUUCAGCAUGACUGUGUGAUAACAACUGCCUGUAAACAAGUGGUGAUUUCAAAGUGAUUUCGUUUUGGUUAUGGCGCAGUAGUUUACUCUACAGUUUGCUCUAAUGACAGCCAAGUUGCAUGUAUGUUACUGAUGGUUCCAUUCGUGGAUUCCAUUGAACACGAUGAACGCCGGCAACAAAUUGCAUUUAAAAAUCGACGAUUUUUGCCAUUUACAGCAAGGUAAAUAAGUACGAGUAAGUUUUUAAAAUGUUUUUUGUCAAGUAAGGUAGGGUAUGGUUCUUCCCACAGUGUUUCGACAACUGUCCCGUAAACGAGCGUCGUGAUGACACAAUUGCUCCAGAUCAGAAUGUCGGACCGGCAAAAUAAGAAUCGAUAAGACAAAAGAAGUGCCCAAGCUCAAGGAAGCAUUUGGAAUGUCUUUCGAAUAGGCUUGAAUUCUGAUGAACCGUAACUUAGAUUGUGCAGCUGUUCAUGUGGUUAAGGAGGUUAAGUGUUAAGUGUUAACCUUUAUAGCAAAACUAUUAUGCUCACAAUUCGAGUUUUUAGCGUUGAAGUGGCUCAGGUAUCACAGAACCUAAAUUAAUUAUCGAGCGUAAUAAAAGGUAGUUAACCUCCGCAACCGGACCCGGCCGUAGAAAAUAAGGUCAAUGAUUUUCUUGCCAUGUCAUUGUUGGUUUUUAUUACUCCGAUAUCGAAAAAAGAAACGGUUGACAAAUUUGUCAAUAAAAUACUAAGGCAGGUGAAAAAAAAACCAAAUGAUGAAUUUUAGCAUUUUUGAUAGUCUUAACUAAAAGGGUCACUUGAUGACAAGUGAAACAGCAGCAGCAGCAGCACGAUAGGUGAUGGCCAGGUCAAGAGGAUUUUAUUACUGCUACAGUGACAAAAAACACAAGACAGGACUCUCUCAGACUUUAAGAGGUGUCAAGGGCGAGGACUGUUUAUAAGUUCAGUUCUGUGUACUGAUCUGAAGAGCCAACUAAAAUCCGAAACGAAACCUAAUUUAUGAAAGCUAAUUAUUGAUAAUAAUAAUAAUAAUAAUGAUAAUAAUAAUAUUGUAAACUUCUGACUGCAGGAUGCUUUCUCAUUCCAUAUGUGAUCUGUUUGGUGGUUGCUGGAGCCCCUAUUUUAAUAUUGGAAGUUUCCUUGGGUCAGUUCACAAGUCAAGGUGGCAUUACAGCCUGGAAAAUCUGUCCAUUGUUCAAAGGUACGUUUUUUCUUCGAUAUCCGAUGGAUUACAAGGUUCCUACUCGGGCCUUUGUGCUUGAUUAAUUAAGGUUACUUUGUAGCUGUCAGGAACAGUGAGAGAAAGAGCUUUACUCAAUAGAUUCAUUUCUUUCCUGUGCCUCUUCACAGCAACGUUAACAUUCAAAAAGGUGGAUACACUUCUUUUUCAUUAUCAAAAGUGGGAGAAGCUAACUAGAGCACUUUGUAGUACUUGAUACACGCAGGUUCCUUAAAAUUAGCAGGCAUCUUUAUUGUUAUCGUCGUUGUUGUAAUAUAUACAUACAUUUUUCGUUGUUAUUGUUAUCCUUUUUCUUUUUUUUUUUAAAGUAGAAUUGUAUAUUUUGAUUCAUUUAAUUAAUGUUUAUUCUUAAGUAACAUUAUAAAACUCGUCUUUAACUCAAUUAAAAAAAUUUAGCAAAAAAAAAAGGUGGAAAAACGCGAUCCACCGGAUAAUUCUAUGCCUAUUGAGGCCUCAAAUGUAAUAAAUGUCCCUAAAUGUAAUAAAGGUCCUAAGUGUAAGAACUUUUGGCUCAAAAUGUCAUAAAGGUCCCAAAUGUAUGAAGGCUUGGUUAGCAUGGUAACUAGGCUUGUAUGGUUAAAAUACACUUCAAAUGGAGAUUUGUACUUUGGUACUUCUUUCUGGUUCCUCGUUUAAAAUCCUCUGGUUUUCGGCCGGUCCUUUCGCCUAAUAAGAACCUUUCUUCCCGCCAGUUUUAAAGAAUCAUACUCCAUCUUGCACCUUACAGGGGCACCCAACGCCAAUUUUUGGAAAAUAUCUGUUCGGAAGACGAUUUGAGAUCUAGAAUUUUCGGAACAUUUGUUGUUAAAUUUCUUGCUUGCCCGCGUCUCCUACGAUUUUCGAACCCCCCCCCCCCCCCCCCCCCCUCACCCCCCCCCCCCCCCCCCCCCCCCAAAAAAAUGAUAUAAUUGCCCAUUUUAACGGAUUUUUACCCUAAAAAGGUCACCUAGAAUUUUCGGGAGCCUUUUUUCUGGCUGAAAUUUUCGAAAAGGUAAGUUUUGAUUUCUAUAAUUUUCGUAUCACUAGACUUUCAGGGGAUAAAAAUAUGCCUAUAUCUACCGUUUAAAUACUAAAAUACAUUUAGCAAUGCUAUGAACUAUAUUUUGAACUAUAUUCUCGUUGGGUGCCCCUGACCUUACAGCACGAAAAUGAGCGCAAUGACUUCUAUUUUCCUGGAGACUGCAUGGUAUGGGCCGCUGUAUACCAAUUUUACUCGCAAUUUACGAAAACGUUCUUGCAGAGCUCCUUUAAAUUCAGAACCUUUGUCACUUUGCAGUACAAGAUCAGAGGAGGUCCAUUUUCUAUGUGUAAUCCUUUAACUCAGCCGCAACUUUUUUGCUGUUUUUACUUAAAACACUUCAAACACAAAUGAACCUACUGAAAACAUUCGUAACGGACACUAGAUAUUGAUAACCGAACAAUCCUUGAUCUGAAAUUUAAUCCUUCCCCACUUUCCAAGAUCCAACAGAUCUACUUGGUGUCCGACUUGAACAAAGUUGAGUGUUUCACGCUAUUUAUUUGGUGUUUGGUUUUCCUUCUCUUCCUAAUAUCAGGCUGAGAUUUAACAAGGCCAGGCACUGUUGGGUUUGUUUAGAAGUCUGAUCUGGUUUCAGGGAAAUUUUACAAAGACUAUUAUGAUCAUUUAAGAAUUUGUUGUUUGCUGCUUUUCUUUUAAUCCACCAUAUUCACUUUGCCCAAUUAAGUAAUACUACAUAUUGUUUACCUUAAACAUUUUAUACCUAAGCCUUGUUCUCGGUUUCCCUUGGGAAACCUGUAAUACCCAUGAAAAACUGGAAACACUGGUUAUGCAAAAUAUUGGAAAAAACGGUGCAUUAUGGGCAAUGUGAAAUUCUUAAAUGUCUAUAAAGACUUCAGUAUGGCAUAGUAGGUAAAUCGCCUGGCUAUGACAUUAAAGUCACUGCGACUUUAUCAAGUUUACGGCCAAUAGUUAUUCUACUACUGUUAGGAUUUUUAUUACAUUUAGGGCUAAGACGUAUUACAUUUAGGACCUUUAUUACAUUUAGGGUUACUUAUUACAUGAGGCCUCAACCUUUACAUGGCUACCUGCGUUCCAUCAAAUCUCAACAAAAUUGUUUGCAUGUAGACAAGUCAGUGUUUUACGUGGUAGCGCUCGCUGCUAUUGAGCUUCAGCAAACACGAUGACGAGGACAGAAAGAAGACCAUAAAAACGCAAUAGGUGUUAUAAGAGCAAAACAAAAACUCUGAAUGUGUACCAUACUUUUUGAUAGAUUUCUUUGCUGUCAUCGCACGAAUUGCCCUUUUAGCCUUUAUCACGCGCAUGCCACUGUUAUAUCCAAUAAUUGUGUACCAUUUAUUUGGCAGGAAUUGGAUAUGCAAGUGUUGUAAUAGUCCAAUUUCUCAACAUUUACUACAUUGUUAUCCUUGGCUGGGCUUUGUUCUACAUGUUUGCUUCGUUUACUUCCAAGCUUCCCUGGUCUCAUUGCGACAAUCCGUGGAACACACCACAAUGCGUUGAUUUAACUGGAAAAGGAAACUGGAAUAAUUCUGGAGUAGGAAUAAAUGACACAGUGUCAUCCAGUCAAGAAUAUUUGGAGUAUGAUGAAAUAUUCAGUGUAAAAGUAGCUAGGAUGAACAAGAUCAAAUGAAAUUAAAACAUUAAAACACUCUUUUUUUUUUCUUUCAUUGUGUUCAUCAACAAAUGUGUCGAACAUUCCAAUCAGUUCGGCUUUCGAAGCAAAACUGAGUAAAAUAUGAUAUUUUAUAUUUAUCAUUUCCUUAAAGCCAUUUCUGUAACAUUUGCUAACCUCAAACAUUCAACAAAAUUUCUCUUAUAUUUAUGAUGGAACACUGCGCCAAUUUGUCCCACUAAAUGAAGAAAAUGCGUCAAACUCGUUCAUUGGCUACAGCUUGUACUAAAAUUGCUUAAUAUUCAGUUUAUUUUUAAUUGCCAGAGAUUUGCAAAAUUUCAGACUUAUAGCAUAUGAUCAAAUUUUUCCAAAUUUUUCGUCAAGAUUUCUUGGAAAAUUUGCCUUUGGUUUACUAACGUGUAAUUGAUUUCUUCCACUAAAUGAAGAAAAUGCGUCAAACUCGUUCAUUGGCUUCAGCUUGUACUAAAAUUGCUUAAUAUUCAGUUUAUUUUUAAUUGCCAGAGAUUUGCAAAAUUUCAGACUUAAAGCAUAUGAUCAAAUUUUUCCAAAUUUUUCGUCAAGAUUUCUUGGAAAAUUUGCCUUUGGUUUACUAACGUGUAAUUGAUUUCUUCCAGGCGACGAGUUUUACGCAUCUCAGAUGGGUUAGCAGAGGCCGGCACCGUUAACUGGGAUCUUGCAUUAUGUCUGCUGUUAGGCUGGAUCAUCUGUUAUCUGUGUGUUUGGAAAGGUGUCAAAUCAACAGGAAGAGUAAGUGGCUCAGUUAGCUGGUAACCGGCUGAUCCAUGCCAUGCCAUGCCCAUGUCCGUGUCUUCUGUCCAAAUUGGGUAUUUGUUAUCAGUACUUAUUUUCAACAGUUUAUAGUCGGCAGGGCGAAAGGCGUUUAGUUUAAACUGACAAAUAAAUAAUAAGGUCAAUACUGAACGAUGGCUGAGAUAGGAAGAAAGGCUAUAUAGAGAGUAAACAAAAAAUACAUAGGAUUGUUGUGACGUUAAACGCUGAUCUCCAGUGAAAAAAGAGAUGUUCAUGACUUGUCCUUUGUUUUUUUUUUCUCUCCCGCAGGUGGUUUAUUUCACAGCUACAUUUCCUUACGUACUGCUGACAAUUAUAUUUUUUCGUGCAGUCACCCUUCCAGGAGCGGGCGAGGGUAUCAAGUUUUAUCUCAACCCAAAUUUCACUCGUUUAGCUGAUAGCCAGGUGAUUGUCUUGUUGUCUCUUUUUUAGAUCGUUAACAACAUUAAAAGGUAUUUUUAUUUCUUCAGAAUUUCCCAUCAUAUAAAUCGACCAAUCGUUGUGCUGCUGAGCCGGUAGCGUUCGACUGACGUUAUUUUGGAAGAAUAGUAAUUGGUUUGUACAAUUGUCUUAGUCAUAUUACAAAUUAAUUAUUAUUAAUGGGUUAAUGGCAGGUUUGGUUGGAUGCUGGAACACAGGUAUUCUUUUCGUACUCUAUUGGCCUUGGUACUCUCGUCGCACUUGGCAGCUACAACAAGUUUAAAACAAACUGUUACAGGUGAAUUUCCAGCUCAUUUCUUACAACUGCAUCUUGAAUGUUUUUGCCAGCAGCCUUAAGUAAAAGACAAACGGAAGAAAAAAGAAAGAAUUAUACCAUCCAGCACUUUACGCUGGUUUAGUUAAUUGAUCAGUAUACAAAGUACUCUACAGUUGUCGAUUCUGUUCUAAAUACUUCAUUGUAGAGACUGCAUCAUAUUUGCCUGUGUGAAUAGUGGUACUAGUCUUUAUGGAGGAUUUGUGAUAUUCUCGGUGCUUGGCUUUAUGGCGCAGAAGCAGCAAGUACCAGUAUCUGAGGUGGUUAAAUCAGGUAAGCUAAACCUCAUGUUCCUCACUUUAACAUUACAUACUACAUAGCCACCAAUAGGUUCAUAUUUCUAUGGCAAGAUCAGUAUUAACAAGAAUUUUUCGGUUUUUUGUGUGUCUGUAGCCCUCCAGUUUUUUGCUUACUGAACGCCAGUUCACGUCUUUGUUAUAAAGUAAACACCUGGCCCCGGUUGUUCAAACGUCGGAUAGCGCUAUCCACCGGAUAAAUCACUAUCCAGCGGAUAGCGUAAUUGAUUUCCGUAAUACUUAUCCGCUGGAUAGUGAUUUAUCCGGUGGAUAGCGCUAUCCAACGUUUGAACAACCGGGGCCUGCAGUUCUGCCAGGACUGUUCACCGUCGAGUCUCGGCAGUCAGUAGUGACUCAGAAGUGAUGAAAAUAAGAAAAUUUAUUGAUCGAAGUUAAGACUAAAAGAGUCGAUUUCCUUCGGUUACUUUAGAAAACAAGAAAUGUUGGAGGGCUGCACGACGUUUCUUGUCAUGUUGUUUUAUCUCCUCAGGCCCUGGUUUAGCGUUUAUCGCAUACCCUGCAGCAGUAGCUGAAAUGCCAGUUGCUCCUUUGUGGUCCAUAUUGUUCUUCUUCAUGGUUAUCUUAUUGGGAUUGGACAGUGAGGUAUGACAUGUAUAAUUCAUCCCUUUAUUACACCGGCCCCAUUGCCGUAACCUGAGUACACUUCCUAUUACUAAUAUGGGGAAGAAAAGCUACGAUCUCAGUCAUACACGUAAAUCUAACCUGGCCUGAAAUUCUUCAUAAGUUUGUUACCUUUUUUGUUCUACUUCACAGUUCGUUGGAGUGGAAGGCUUUGUGACAGCCAUUGUUGAUCUGUUUCCUAAUCACUUAAGGCGUGGCCAUCGCAAGGAAAUCUUCAUUGCUCUUUGCUCUGCUUUCUGGUUCUUGAUCGGUUUAUCCAUGGUUACUGAGGUAAUCACUCAGCUGAUAUUGAACAUUAGGUGUUGAAUAGACUAGUAACUAAACUGAGUUCGGCAUCCAAUCGGCAUUCACUCGGCAAUUCAAUUAUUCAAUUGGUUUUAGGGUGGAAUGUACGUGUUCCAGUUGUUUGAUUUUUACUCGGCGAGCGGCAGUGCUCUUCUGUGGGUGGCGCUCUUUGAAAGUGUAGCUGUUGGCUGGGUCUAUGGUAAGUAUAGUACUUUUUUUUUCAAUAAUCAUUACAACAUUACACAUAAGUUAUCUCGAACAGUUCUGAUUUGCGUGUAUGGAUAAUUGCAGGCGGAGACCGAUUCUAUGACAAUAUGGCUUCCAUGAUUGGAUUUCGUAUCAAUCCGUGGAUCAAGUGGUGCUGGAAAUAUCUCACCCCAACUUUUUGCUUGGUCGGUAACAUAAGAUGUUAUCUUACGUAUUUUAUUUUAACUCCAAAACUGAGUAGUUUGAAGAAGCCCAAUUUUAUCAUUCCAUUACGGUGAAAGAGAAUGUGUGGUUAUUUCUACUAUCAUUUCAAACAAAUUGUAUACAACUUUAUAAGGUUAAAGGACAUGGCAAUAUAAGAGCACUUAUGCAAAGAAAAAGAAACUACAUAGUUCUUGAUCUUAAGUAAAAUUGCCUUUCCACUUUCCUUUUUCAGUAAAAUUGCUAACUGCUUCAAUUUUUUUCGCGGGUUAUAAUUUACAGGGGAUAUUUAUAUUCAGCCUGGCGUCUUACAAACCACUGGAGUAUAAUGACUAUUCAUACCCAGUUUGGGGACAGGUGAUUGGUUGGUGGAUGGCUCUGUCCUCUAUUCUGUGUAUACCUGGGUACAUGGCUGUGAAGUUUGUAACAACAAAAGGAACAUUUGAAGAGGUACUCUUUUUUGUUUUAUUGGCGGACGUCAUCUGUUUUGUAUAUUACCUUUUCUGCAAGAAUUUUCCGAUUUGCCCGCACCAUGUAGUGCACUUGGUAGCAGUUCUUGAAGUAUGGCUGACUAUGUGGUGGGUACUGUACAAUAGACAGGGGAUGGACAGUUCGAUAUCAUGCAUGUGCCAAGCGAACUCUUUGCUUAGUAAUACCAAUAAUAGCAUUCAGCGGUACAAGCUUGUUUUGCAAUUAAAUAACUAGAACAAGAAAAGUGCCGGGUGAGGUUUUUAAUGAUUUUUUACAGCCUUGAGAAGAUUAUCGCGGAACAAAGAGCCUGAUGUGUAGAACCUUGUCGAGGGCACUUUCUCAGUUUGACCAGUGACGUCACUAUCCCUACUGGUUAAAGGUUACCAUUUGAAUUCUGUUAUUCGUCUGAAACCUUCCUUGCCGUUCUGAGUAGUUACUGGGACUAAACUAAUGGGCGAAACGAAGCGAAGCAGGUCGUGUCUGAAAUGUCGUUUUUUUUCCUCCAUAGCGUUGGAAAAUUCUGACCACACCAACAAAUAUAGAGAAUGACAAAGAGACUGAAGCUGGCGAUGAAAAUAAUAAACUUGAACGUGAGAAGAAAGAACAGGACUCGAUGUUGUAA